AUGAAGGGACCCAAAUAUGUGGAAAACAACUUCCAAUUGUUAUUGUAAAGAAGGUUGGAAUACAACAAGCAUAUCAAGCAAAUAAAGAAUGCAAAAUGUAAUCCAAUGUUGGAGAAGAGAUCUUUAUCACAGUAAUAGUCCUUCGUUAAGCAACUUGAGUAAAACUGGAAGUCAGCAAAUUUGAAAAGAGAGCAAAUGAAAUACGAAGAGAUAGUUAAGUUAAAUACAAAAAUGCUAAUAAAAGUGGCCAAUGCUAAGGAGGACCAAUUGUUUUCAUAGAAUUCGCAAAAGGGUCGAAUUGACUCAGCAAGAUCAAGCAAAUCUUUACAUAGUGUAAUAAAGAAAACAAAGGAGAGGGAGUUAUUUCAAGAAAACAAAAGGUUGAAAGACAAAAUUGAGAAUGUGUAAUCUUCAAUUGCAUACAAUAAAAUAAUCGAGAACUUCAAUAAACAUCAAGGUGAGCGAGAUCGAUUGACUAGAAACUCAUAUUAGAAGUAGAAAAAGAUCAAAGAGAUGUUGGAUAGCCUGACAUCUUAAUCUAAAACUUCUCUGCACUCUAAAAAUAACAAAAUUAAUUAGGUGCCAAAAUUAAGGUUGCCAAAAAUCAAUUAGUAAGGAUAGAGUGCAAAAUCAAUACAAUAACUAAACAAAUUGAGAGUGGAUGGUUUCUACACAGCCAGAUGA